AUGUCGAUCGAUUCUGCCAUUCCUGUCGCAUGGGAUGUCUUGAAGUGCGUAGUUACUCCUAUCAAGCGUCAAUUCGGAUACGUGAUGUUCUCCAAGAGUUAUGCCCUGGAUCUUAACAAGGAAGUCCGGAAUCUGGAGAACGAGGCUGAGAGGGUCCACGUUGUUGCGGAAGUGGCCAGAAACAAUCUUCGGAAUUUCUACAAUGAGUUCACGGAGUGGGAGGCAAGUGCUGAGAAGGCAUUGAAGGAGGCGCAAGACCUGCUGGGCAAUUUUGAAAAAGAUAGCAAGACGUGCUGCUACGGGACUUUUCCCGACCCCAAAUGUCGCUAUCAAUUCAGCAGGAAGGCUGAGGGCAAGAUGGAGGUCAUUAAGCAGCUCACUCAAAAAUGCAACGGAUUCAAGGGAUUGAACGACAUCUCCUUUAGUGAUCCAGCUCCGGGAAAUGUCGCUGCUCCGAGUCCCGCCAGGAGCGAAGGCAAAGAUGUCCUCCAGUGGGCCACCGUGACAGCCUCCGCUUCUUCUGCCUCGACUUUAAUUAAGCUUAGGGACGAUGAAGUCUUCGAAUCCAGAGCUUCGAUCAUACGGGAUAUCAUGGUCGCUCUUGCCGAUAACAGCAAAAGUGUGAUUGGGGUUUACGGGAUGGCUGGCGUGGGCAAGUCCACCCUUUUGGCAGAUGUCGAAAGGAGAAUAAGGGAAGACAAGUCGUUUGAUCUGGUCGCUAAGGUUGAGGUGUCGGAAAAUCCUGACAUCAAGAGGAUUCAAGGAGAGAUUGCGCAUGCGUUAGGCUUGGACAUAAAGGACAAAGAGUAUGUCAACGUGCGAGCGGAUCUUCUGCGCAGUAGGUUGGAAAAUGAGGAGAGGAUGAAAGAGGAAAAUAAUGAGAAGAGGAAGAAAAAGAAGGUCCUCAUAAUACUGGACAACCUGUGGGAGGCGCUCGACUUGAAAUCAGUCGGCAUUCCUUGCGGACAUGAUAACAAAGUCAGAGGAUGCAAAAUAUUGUUGACAUCAAGAACUCGAGAUGUCUUGCAAACGGAAAUGGGUUGCGACGACACCUUUCACCUUGGUGGGCUGCAAGAGGAAGAGGCAAGAAGAUUGUUUGAGAGGUAUGUGGGAGACAAAGUUUGCAAUGUCGAGUUCAAACCCUUGGUGGAUGAAGCACUCCACAAAUGUGCAGGUUUGCCUUUCUUAAUUGUCCAUGUGGCAAAACAUCUUAAACACGCUAAUUUAUCCGGAUGGAAGAAUGUUUUGAAACAACUCAAGUUGUCUAAGAACGAGGGAAUUGGUGAGAAAAUAAAUAAGAUGCUGCAAUUCAGUUAUGACCAUUUAAAAGGCGAUGAUGUGAAAUCAUUGUUACAACUCUGUGUUGUCUAUGGCGUCUCUAAUCCCUCUAUCGAAAACUUGGUGAGGUAUGGUGUGGGUUUGGGGUUAUUUCGAGAGGAUAACAUGGAAGAAGCUAGAGAUAGUUUGACAUCAUUGAUCAGUAUUCUUCAAGCCUACUCCUUUUUGUUAGAGGAUGGAGAUGCUUAUAGUAUCAAGAUACAUGACUUGGUUCGUGAGUUUGUUGCCUUGGUUACUUCAAGAGAUCACCCUUUUCUUGUGUUAAAAGAUAAAGAUAAGUUUGUAACAGAGUGGUCGAAGGACAAGCUCAAAAGCUGUUGGGCAAUAUGCUUCCCUAACAUUGACAUGAAGGAGCUACCUGAAGAAUUAGAUUGCCCCGAAUUGCAUAUCUUUUUGUUGUUCGCGAACAAUGAAUCUCUUAUUGUUCCAAAUUCAUAUUUCAACUCUAUGAGAAAACUCGUGGUCUUAAAUCUUAAAGGGAUACGUCUCACUCAUUCGCCUCCAUCGUUUCAACUCAUGGAGAACUUACACACUUUAUGUCUUGAUGGUUGUCUAUUAGAGGAUGUAGCUAGCGUUGGCAACUUAAAAGGGCUACAAAUUCUCAGCUUUGUGAACUCCAAAAUUCACCAAUUGCCCAAAGAAAUUGGGCAGCUAGCAGAGUUAAGGUUAUUAGAUUUGAACCAUUGUUCACAACUUCGGGUAAUUAAACCGGGUGUGCUUGGAAGCUUGAUCAAAUUGGAGGAGUUAUAUAUGGAGAAUAGUUUUGAUGAAUGGAAUGCUGUGAAGCAAACUCCACCAACCAAUGCUAGUCUUAUUGAGUUGAAUAACAUGAAGAAUUUGUACACUUUGCAUGUAUCCAUUCCCGAUCCAAAUGCCUUGCCAGAGGAUCUAAACGUUGAGAAAUUAACCAAGUAUAAGAUCCAAAUAGGUAACACAAGGGGUUGGCCAAGCGAGUUCAAAGGAUCGAAGGCAUUGAAGCUCAAGUUGGAUCCAAUGAACGACAUUCUUCAAAAAAGAUGUGUACGGACCACCUUAGACAGAAGCGAUGAUCUAUAUUUGGAUGGGCUGAAUGGAAUUGAGCAAAGUAUUUCCGAGUUAUUCCUAGAAGGUUUUCCAACAUUAAAGCAUCUACACAUCAAGAAUAAUCUCUUCGUCCGUUACCUCCUCGGAUGGCAUUCCCAAACUGCUUUUAAGAUGUUGGAGUCAUUAUGUCUCGAGAAUCUCAUUAGCUUCAAGAAAAUAUGCCACAAUAUCUCCUCCAAGCCCUUCGGUACAUUAAAAGUAGUACAAGUCGUAGGGUGUCACAAGAUGGAAGUUUUGUUUCCUCUUUCAUUACUAAGAGAACUUCCACAGUUAGAAGAGAUUAGAGUUGUCGAUUGCAACUUAAUGCGAGAGAUUGUAGAAGUUGAUGAUUGUGGGAAAAUUGAGUUGCGUAAUUUGCGUGUAUUGAAAUUGCAUGACUUGCCAAGUAUCAAGAACUUUUUCACCACCAAAACAGCUCCUUCGGGUGGUAUAUCGAAUGACCAAGUUGGUAGUCAAACUAUAUUCUUCAAUGGACAACAGGGUUCAAUGCCAUCCCUGGAGUCCUUGAUUAUGUCUGAACUUCCCAAUCUGAAAGAUAUAUGGAGCGAUGAAUCUCCACUAGGAGUAAGCAAUCUCCGAUCUCUAGAGGUUUUGGGGUGCAAAUCUCUCUCAAAGGUUAUUGACUUCUUGUCUCUAGUAAAGCUACGGAAGUUACAAACCUUAAGUAUAAAAGAUUGCAUUUCGGUGCAAGAGAUUUUUGACCUUGUUGGACCAAGUACUGGUGGAAAUGUUGAGACCCUCUUUGAGCUAACUAACUUAAAUUUAUGGGGUUUGUCGAGUUUGAGGUGCAUAUGGAACAAGAAUCCUUGUGGAAUAGUGAGAUUCCAUAAUUUGAAGAAGCUAGAUGUGUUCUGCUGUGACAAACUUGAGUUUCUAUUUCUCCCAUCCACGGUUCAAUCUCUCCCUCAACUAGGAGCACUAGAAGUAGGGUUUUGCGAGAAGAUGGAGAUAAUUAUUAUGGAGGAAGAAGGGCAGGGAAUGGAAACAUCAAAGACUCCAGUAUUCCCAAUGUUAACCAAUAUAAAGUUUAUAUAUAUGAACAGUUUGACGUGCUUCUCUCAUGAAAAAUGUUCCCAAGAAGCUUGGAGUCAAGACCAUGUCAAAUCAAGCUCCAUUGCCCUCUUCAAUCAAGAGGUUGCAUUUCCAAGCUUGGAGACAUUAGAAAUUGAUUCCAUGGAUAAUAUCGAGAUGAUAUGGGAUAAUCAGGUUGCCGUGGAUUCUAUGCAAAAUCUAAAAUCGCUUGAUGUGGAGGCAUGCAAUAAGCUAAAGUGUGUAUGGAAUAGGGAACUCCACCAUCAAGUUAAAUUCCAGUACUUACGAUCUGUUAGAGUUUCCAUGUGCAAGGGCCUCACCACUCUGUUUCCAGCCUUAGUAGCCAAAGAUCUAAUGCAACUUGAGGAACUGAACAUCGAUAAUUGUGGCAUUGUUGAACUCAUCGAGAAGGAAGGACUAAUUCCCAAGGUUGUUUUCCCAAGGUUAACCUCCCUCAAGCUUGAGCAUCUAACAGAGUUGAAGUGCAUCUACAGAACACAUGCUUUACAUUGGCCGAUGUUGAAGACCUUGGAGGUGCAUGGUUGUAACAAACUGGAGAUUUUUGCUUCACAACUUGAGAAUGAGAUGCCACUUUAUAAACAGCCUCUUUUCACGGUAGAAAAGGGUGCAUUCCCAAAUCUACAAGAGUUAAAAUUGGAUCUAUACGAACAGAUGGAGAUAUGGCAUGAGCAUUUAUAUAAUGAGGAAUUCUUCAGCAAGCUUAGAGUUCUUGAGCUUCGUCAUCUCUCGAAGGAAUCUACAAUAUCCACAUGUUGUUUAGUUAAGAGUUUAACCAACUUGGAAAAGUUAGUUGUAUGUGAAUCUUAUCUAGAAGAGCUGAGCAUCAAUUUGGAAGCCAUAGAAGUCCCAAGAUAUUUUCAACAUCUAGAGACCCUUGGUGUGUCAUAUUGUGAUGGGUUAUCACUAGAGCUAAUAUUAACCUUUUCAAGAUACUUCCAACAUCUGAAAACUCUAGAUGUAUCACAUUGUGUUGGGUUAUCAAAUAUGUUCACACCGAUAAUAGCUGGAAAUUUGGUAGGACUCACAAAAUUGAGGAUAAGUAAUUGUAAAAUGUUGACAGAAAUCAUUUGUGACGAGGGAGAUAAGAAGGGGCACGUAGUGGCUUUCAAUCAAUUGAAGUAUAUGGAGCUUGAUGGUUUGACAAUGUUAAUAUGUUUCAGCUCAUGCGGAUACACCUUGAUGUUCCCUCUCUUGGAAGAAGUCACUGUGAAUAGAUGUCCUAACAUGAAGUUUUUCUCUGAGGGACCAAUUGAGGUGCCAAAACUAGAGAGAGUACAUGUAUCAACAGUAGCAUGGUUUUGGAAGGAAAAUCUAGACAUCACUAUCCGAAAUAUGUAUGAAGAAAUGGUAUGCAUUAGUUAUCAAAUUUUGUAUAAUUGGAUGGUUUUGAUCACCAAUAGAGUAUUUGCUUUUUGUUGCCUAAGAGUUUACAUUCAAUGA